AUGCACACACAACCCAAAGGCAGCAAGCCAGGACCAAUUGAACCCCCCUUCCACGGCGCGAGCGCGAGCAUCACCGCCACCGACCCCAUCGCCCCGGCCGCCCAGGACAACCAAGUCCCGACAUGCGAUCCGUCUGAGCUGACCCUGUCCAGCGAGAAGGGAGAAUGGACCGCCAAGGACGACGACGAGAAGAAGGCGCACCAGGUGCCGCAGUAUGAAGACGACGGCGAGGCCGAGCGUGCUGCCCGCGCUGCCUCUCCACGCUUUUCUUCCGAUGGCUCGAGUACCGUGUCCCGGCCGUCGGACGAGGUCGUCUAUCCCGAGGGCGGGACUGAGGCCUGGCUGGUCGUGCUGGGAUCCUUUUCCGGCAUGUUGGCGUCUUUUGGCAUGAUGAACUCGGUUGGAAUCUUCCAAGCCUACCUGGCGACGCACCAGCUGUCGCACUACGACGAGAGCACCAUUGGCUGGAUCUUCUCCGUCUACACCUUCCUUUCCUUCUUCUGUGGCAUCCAGAUCGGCCCCAUCUUCGACGCCUACGGCCCGCGGCUCUUGGUGCUCGCGGGCAACAUCCUGCUCAUCUUAUCGAUGCUCCUGCUCGGCGUGUGCAAGGAAUACUACCAGUUCCUCCUCGUCUUCGGCGUCCUCGGCGGCAUCGGCACCUCGCUCAUCUUCACGCCGGCCAUCAGCAGCAUCGGGCACUACUUCCAAGUCAAGCGCGGGGCGGCGACGGGCGCGGCGGCUGCCGGCGGCUCCAUCGGUGGCAUAAUCUUCCCGCUUAUGCUGCAGUCGCUCUUCCCCAAAGUCGGCUUCGGCUGGGCGACGCGGAUCCUGGGCUUCAUCUUCAUCCUGCUGUGCGGCGUGGCGCAGCUGUGCAUCAAGUCGCGGCUCCCCCCCAAGCCGGGCUCCUCGGUCCUGCCCGACUUCCGCAUCUUCCGCGACCCCAGCUUCGCGCUGGCGACGGCGGGCGUCUUCUUCAUGGAGUGGGGCCUCUUCGUGCCCAUCACGUACACGACGUCGUUCGCGCUGACGUCGGGCGCCUUCGACCAGACGUUCGCAUACCAGAUCAUCGCCGUGCUCAACGCCGGCAGCAGCAUCGGCCGCUGGGCGCCGGGCUACGUCGCGGACCGCGUCGGCCGCUUCAACUGCAUGGUCGCGACGCUGGCCUUUUGCUUCUUCACCACCAUCGCCCUGUGGUUGCCCGCCGCCAUCAUGACGCCGGUCUUCAGCGUCGGCGGCGACCCGGCGACGGUCAAGGGGCUGACGGUCGCCUUCGCCUUCCUCUUCGGCCUCGCCAGCGGCAGCAACAUCUCGCUGACGCCCGUGUGCAUCGGCCAGCUGUGCGACACGGCCCAGUACGGCCGCUACUACGCGACGUGCUACACCAUCGUCAGCUUCGGCACCCUUACCGGCAUCCCCAUCGCCGGGGCGCUGCUGCAGCGGAGCGGGGGCCGCUACUGGGGCGUCGCCAUCUUCACCAUCGUCACGUAUGCGCUAGCCGUCGCGUGCUACGUCGCCGUGAGGGUGCUGAAGGUCGGGUGGGGGUUGGGUAAGAAGUUUUGA